AUGGCUCAGCUUCAAGGUAAAGUCAUCGCCAUCACCGGUGCAGCAUCGGGGAUUGGCGCGGCCACGGCACUAGAAUGCGCCGCUAGAGGAGCCUCACUGUCGUUGUGCGACAUCAACGAGGACGCGUUGAAAAAGGUCGUCGACGAGAUCAAGGCUAAGGGGACCAAAGUAACGGGCAGACGCGUCGACGUCUCCGACUCGGACCAAGUCGAUGCCUGGAUUGCCGACACGGUCAAGGAGUUUGGCAAGUUGGACGGUGCGGCAAAUAUCGCGGGCGUCGAGACAAAGCCGGGCGGCAAGGUCUUUGCGAACAUCGUCGACAUUACAAACGACCACUGGGACUUUAUCAUGAAGAUCAACCUGACCGGCCUCUUUUACUGCCUUCGCGCCGAACUCCGGGCCAUGGAGCGCGGGGCUUCGAUCCUCAAUGUGGCGAGUUUGGCCGGUGUCAUGGGCCGUCCUGGCAUUGCCGCCUACUCAACCAGCAAGCACGGAGUCGUUGGCCUGACGAGAACGGCAGCCAAGGAAGUCGGCGAGCGCGGAAUCAGAGUCAACGCUCUUGCUCCUGGCCCUAUAGAGACACCAAUGCUGAACAGGCUGCUAUCUGAUGGUGGCACGGCGGAGCGACCAGUCACAAGCACGUACAAGACGUUGCCUCUUCAACGAUUGGGUACGGCACAAGACAUGGCAAAGACGAUCUGUUUUGUCCUGAGCGAUGACUCGAGCUACACCACGGGAGCUACAUUCUCUGCAGAUGGCGGUGUCGCCUGCUAA